AUGGCGUCUGAGAUGCAGAACUCGAAUCCAACAAUCCUGAAUACCGCCGAUCUUCCUACUCGCCUUCGAUUGUCCGCUCCUCACAAAAGUAGCACAUACGGGAGCGAAUUCUUUGCGUCGGCGCUCCCCUCUUUGACCAUUGACGUGCUCUCGGACUAUUCACCAUCGACAUCCGAAUCCGAAAAUGACGAUGAUUUGCUGGAGGAGCCUAUAGAUGAACAAGAGGUGUAUGACCUUAUAUCAACCAUAUCUGAUCCCGAACACCCCAUCUCCUUGGGCGCUUUGGCAGUAGUCUCGCUCCCAGAUAUCCGAAUCAAACCUGCUCUGCCAGAUGUACCUGAUUCGCCUCUUCGCACAGUCACUGUUCUGAUAACGCCAACCAUCACACAUUGCAGUCUGGCGACCGUCAUAGGCCUUGGUGUGCGCGUUCGGCUUGAACAAUCCCUCCCACCCCGGUUCCGGGUAGAUGUGCGGAUCAAAGAAGGGACACAUAGUACUGCUGACGAAGUGAACAAACAGCUCGCCGAUAAGGAGAGAGUCGCCGCAGCAUUGGAGAAUGGUACGCUAAUGGGCGUUAUUGCAAAAAUGCUGGAGACCUGUCAAUGA